AUGGUGCAUCCAGAGCAAAGCAAUGAUGAUAACCUCAUGCUGGACCUGCGCAAGUACAUCCUGGUGAUGGCCAUCCUGGCGGCGACGGUGACCUAUGUCGCUGGGCUCAACCCGCCUGGAGGAGUCUGGCUGAGCAGCAAGGACGGCUACCUCAUCGGCAACCAGAUUCUUGUGGUGACGGACCACCCCCGGUACAACGCCUUCUUCUACAGCAACGGGGCCGCAUUCAUGGCGUCGGUCGUGAAUCCCAAGCCGCUCAUCCUCCUCGCGCUGAGGGUGGUCAUGGCGCUGGACAUGCUCGCGCUCAUGGUGGCAUACGCUGCAGGGGCCAGCCGUGGAAUGGUCACAACUGUCUUCUCCUCCGUGCUGGUAUCUGUUGUCUCCAUCUAUGCUGUGUUUCAUAUGAUCAAGUAUAUCAGCGCAGGAAAACUGGAAGAAAAUGCUGAAGCCAGUGGCGAGGAUAAAAAACUUGAGCGGGCACGUCAGAUUAUGAUGUUGUUUGCAAUUUUUGCGGCAACAAUAACCUACACGGCGGGGAUGAGCCCCCCAGGUGGCUUCUGGCCGGAUACCCAGGACAGCCACCGUGCCGGUGACCCGGUCCUGCUAGAUGACCACUCACGCCGGUUUGUGGCCUUCUUCGUCUGCAACACCUUUGCAUUCAUCACAUCCCUAGCUGCCAUCAUGCUACUUACAACCGUCACCAGCAAGCUCGAGGAGGGCUCUUACAAGAAGUGGUGCCACCAUGCGCCAUACGUGUGCGUAAACGUGGCAUUGCUUGGCCUUUUCGUGGCCUACGCCAUUGGGAGCUGCAGGAAGACUCGCUCUACCGUCUACUUAUUCAGUCUGGUUCUCCCGGUUCUCAUAUACACCGUUCUCCAGUUCAUGAUCCAGAAAUUCCUGGAGCAAUUAAAAAGACUUCUAGCAUCAUGUUUGAUCGAGAACAAUCUAAGAUCAUGCUGGGGCAGGAAUGACAAUGACCAUGAGAAAGACAACCGGCUGAAGAAGGCCCAUUCUCUCGUACUGCUACUUGCAACCCUUGCCACGACCAUCACCUACCAAGCGGGGAUGAACCCACCGGGUGGCUUCUGGCCCGACAACCGUGACGGGCACAAGGGAGGUGACCCGGUACUUGUAACCACGCAUGCUAGACGCUACAGGGUGUUCUUCUACUGCAACUCGGUCGCCCUUGUGACUUCCGUAGUUGUCAUCGUCAUGGUCCUGAGCAAGCAUGUGACAUCAAGCGUCGUCCACAAGCGACACGCCCUGGAGGCUGCCAUGAUACUAGACCUGCUCAGCCUCAUGGCUGCGUAUGCAGUCGGCUGUUGCCGGGAUGUAACCACCUCCCUCCACGUCAUCGCUCUGGCUGGUGCAGUAUUGGUCUACGUGGUGAUCCACAUCGUCUUCUUCACGCUAGAUCCUAAGGUCAGGCCGGAGGAGGAGAUGAACAAGAAACGCAAGCUGCUGCUGCUGCUAGCCAUCUUGGCCGCAACCAUCACUUACCAAGCUGGGUUGACCCCACCUGGCGGCUUUUGGGGUGAGGACGACGGGUUUGGUCAUAGAGCAGGUUAUCCUGUCCUCUUGAGUAACUACCCUCGCCGUUACACAACGUUCUUCUACUGCAACGCCACGAGCUUUAUGGCAUCCAUAGCCAUGAUCAUCCUCCUUGUGAAUCCGAACCUGUACACACCCGGCAUAAAUUGUUAUGCACUCUAUGUGUGUGCUCUGGCGGGCUUAUUUGGCCUCGUGGGUGCCUAUGUCGCAGGAAGCUCCCGGCAUGUGCGGACAUCCAUCAUUGUGGUUGCAUUGGUUGCUGUGGUGUUCGUGUUUGUCAUCUUACUGCUUAUAGUGCUGAAGCAGAAUAAAGAUCCCAAGCCUACAAAGAGCCAGGUAGAUGAAAAGGGCACAGAAGAAAAAAAUAUCCAGGAAGAUGGAAAGGGUACAGAGGAAAAAAUGAUCCAGGAAGUUGAAAAGGGUACAGAAGAAAAAAAGAUCCAGGAAGAUGAAGAGGGUACAGAAGAAAAAAAGAUCCAGGAAGUUGAAGAGGGUACAGAAGAAAAAAAGAUCCAGGAAGAUGAAGAGGGUACAGAAGAAAAAAAGAUCCAGGAAGAUGAAGAGGGUACAGAAGAAAACAAGAUCCAGGAAGUUGAAAAAGGUACAGAAGAAAAAAAGACUCCGGAAGAAAAAAAGCGUACUAUUAAAGAAAAAAAAGAAUACACCAAGGGAAAGUAUUUGAUGCUGGUGGGCAUCUUAGUGGCGAGUGUCACCUAUCAGGCCGGCCUUACUCCACCCGGCGGAGUGUGGCCGGACAGCAGCAAUGGGCACACGGCUGGCGACUCGGUCCUGCAUGACAGCAACAAGCACCGGUACCGUUUUUUUUUCUACAGCAACUCCAUUUCCUUCCUAGCGUCGGCCAUCGUCAUCCUCCUACUCCUGCUGGACAAGCCACUGUUUUCGGAGAAGGGACUCCUAGGCAUGAAGAGCAAGGAGCUGCUCCGAGUAGCGCAGUCUUCGGUUGUGCUGGCCUUGCUUGGCCUCCUUUGGGCAUAUGCCUCUGGCUGCAGCCGCGAGUGGGAGACAUUUGGUUACAUUGGCGCACUUGCCUUUGCCGUGCUGCUCUACAUUGCCAUCCAUGUGGUACUAUCGUGCCGUGACAAGAAAGACGAGUCUCCUGCCAAGCAAUGCAAUUGCAAAUGCAUAUGUAAAGCCGGUGGAGGAGCACUGGAGGGAACUAAAGUUGGGGCUAACAAUGUUUAG